AUGUCAACAUAUAUUCGUAGCCUUCCUUCAGCUGCCACUACCGCUGCUUCUAUCAAGUGUGUUGACAAGGUAAACACUCAAACGCUAAAAUCUGAUUGUCCUGGAAUGAAGAGCUACUGCAAUAAUUCUGCCUACAAAACGCUAAUGGCGGAGCAAUGCCCUCUCACCUGUGGACUAUGCAGUAGCAAUGGUAGUUUUUAAUU